AUGUCAACGAAACCCCGCCGCACCCUUGCGGGGCCAAUCUUCCGCGUCCGCACGGGGUGUCUGACGUGCCGCGGUCGCAAGAAGAAAUGCGACGAGACAAAGCCGCGGUGUCGCGGCUGCGAGCGGAACCGCCUAGAGUGCCGCUGGCCCCCAACGUCCUCGUCCCAGGCCGCCUCCUCUCAAGCCUCCCAGAGCGGCGGCACCUCGCGCUCACCCCGCGAGACAGCAAACUCACCAGAAACAGCGCGGCAGGACGACGGUCAGCCUGUUUCUCACUCGAUCGCCUCACCGUCAGGGUCUACAGCGGCACCUCCGAGCCCCCAGCAUCUCCCCGAUCGUUCACUCAGUUUCUCGUUUGCAUCACAGCCCGCGUCCUCAGAAUCGCCGAGUGCCGCCACGACGGACUCGAGCCCGAGCCCAGCAACUCAACUUAUCACAACGGACCCCAGUGGAAUCAUCGUCACGUCUCAGAUACCGGAAGAGAACACGGCGGCUUCCAUAGGACUUCAAGACUCUUCCAUCUUUGCAGUGUUUAACCCCGAUGACCCGGACGAUGACGAGAGUACGGGCCAAAUGGUGUCUUCCCCACUCCAACCAACUUCGAUCUUCAGAGACCACCAUGUACCGAGGUCGAUGAACCUGCUGGCUGGCCAUCAGGACAGCAACUCUCUUGAGCUUCUCAGCCAUUACCUCAGCUCAACGUCGCUCAGCAUGGCCAACGGAUCCACGGCUGACAAUCCAUUCACUGCACAAUUGAUACCGCUCGCUUUCAGUAGUGAUCUCGUCUUACAGCUCCUUCUCACGCAAAGUGCUGUACACCGAGCAGCCAAGUCUCUAGUGCCGACCGAUCAAAUCGCCACAAAAUAUUACAACCAGUCGCUACGACUCUUCCAGCAAAAUAUAUCCACGUACAUGGGUGGGCAGCAUGGCGAGGAAACACUGAUUUUGGGCAUCGGUGCCUUGAUUCUAUGUUUGGUCGAGACUGCCAAAGGUGACGUGAAUGGCACCAUUUUCGAUCAUCUGAUGGCAGCCCAGUCUCUGAUCCUGCCCUUUUUAUCUGCAAACAACACGUUUUUGCACAAGACCUUGAAGGACUUUUUGACCGAAUACUACAUCUACACGGCAACAGUCAGCAUGAUAUCUAUAGACGCACGACUUGGCGAUCAGCUGUUCCUCAGCAACGAUCUUAUCCUUCUCGCCACCGAGCUCGUGGCGUCCUCGUAUAUUGGCAGUUUGUGCGGAUGCUGGCUGGAUUUGAUUCUCCUAGUACCCUCCAUCUUCGACCUAGGGCGUCGAAUAAUGAGCCACAUGGACGAGCCGAACUGGCGACCAUCAGCCGAUGACUUUAUCCUGUUUUCACAGCUGCAGAGCCAGAUCCUCAACUGGCAACCCAACCCCACGGUGACUGAAAAUGUUGCCUUGGCGGGAUAUAUAUACCAAAAAGCCUUGCUGCUCUAUCUGCACACGGCAUUACAUACUCUCUCCCGGGAAGAACACGGUUUGCAAGCAAUGGCCAUUCAAAACGCACUCGGCGGAGCUCUCUCACAUCUGGCACAACUAGACCCCAGCGUCCGCAUAAACACCAGCUUGUGUUGGCCCAUUACCAUCAUCGGAUCGUGCGUCACGGAUACAGGACAGCAAGAGUUCUUGCAUGAGAGGUUGGGCCACAUGUUUGCUACUAUUGGGCUGGGCAAUAUUCGCCAGACGUCGGUAGUACUGCAGCACCUCUGGGACCACAACGAGGCCACGCCGGCAGAUAUCGGAGCGGGUCCCUGGCAGAUUUGUCGGGUCAUGAACGAGAACCAGAUUUGGAUUUCAUUCGCAUAG